AAAUACCGGCUGGAGCCGGUGAAGAGCCGGAAAUGAUCCGGUAACGGCAGAAGAUGCUGCAGAGCGGAACAAAGUCCUCCCGAACCUCCGACCGGAGGAGGACUUUUACCGGAACCGGGACCGGGACCGUUUCUGUGUCUGAGCUGCUCUAAACUCUGACAUGACCACGGAAUAAAACCCGGUUCUACCGGACCGGAUCGGACCGGACUUCCUGCCGCUCUCCCGGUAGCCAUGAGGAGGACCAACAGCCAGUGCUGUCUGGGUCCAAACCUUUACCCAGAGGUUCCUGAUGGUGGCUGGGGCUGGGUGGUGGCUCUGGCCUUCUUCCUGGUGGAGGUUUGUACCUACGGGACCCUGAAGAGUCUGGGAGUCUUCCUCCAGGAUCUGAUGGAGGAGUUUGGAGAAAGCAACAGCAGAGUGUCCUGGAUCAUCUCCAUCUGUGUCUUCGUCUUUACCUUCACUGCUCCGUUAUCAACCAUCCUCAGCAACCGCUUCGGCUAUCGCCCAGUGGUGAUGAUGGGAGGAUUCCUCAUCAGUCUGGGAACCAUCAGCUCUGCCUUCACCAGCUCCAUCAACGAGAUGUACGUCACCACUGGCAUCGUCUCAGGUCUGGGCUACUGCCUCACCUUCCUCCCCACCGUCACCAUCCUGGCCCAGUACUUCUCCAGACGUCGAGCCCUCGUCACUUCCGUGGCUUCCUCCGGAGAAUCCUUUGCUAUCUUUGCGUUAGCUCCAGCUCUCACUGCUCUGAAACAGCACAUCAGCUGGCGCUACUGUCUGGUAGUUCUGGGAACGGUUCAGGCCUCUGUGAUUGGCUGUGGGCUCCUCCUUCGUCCAAUCAUCAUUGAGCCUCUGUCUGUGAAGGAGGAUGGGUCACAGGAAGACUCCCUCUCUCUGAAGCAGACGGUUUACGAGCUGGAGAACGAACAGACCAGAACCUCCAUCAGCUCGGGUGCAUCUGGAGGUUCAGAGGACUCGGGGGUCACGUCCCUCUCAGCCUCCAACGUGGACCUGAGGACUGCAGGAGGAGAAGCCAUGGCUCUGGUGGAGGAGCAGGAAUCAUCUCCUCCACCAGAGAAGGAUCAGGGAGAGCCAGUGGAGGUGGAGGCAGGUCCUCUGAAGCCCUCCAGCCCUAAACUCCUGGACUUCUCAGUGCUGAGAGAUGGUGCCUUCAUCUGGUACUCCCUAUUUGGACUGUUUGCUACGCUGGGCUUCUUCGCUCCUCAGCUCUUCAUCAUCGAGCUGAGUAAGAGCAGCGGCGUGGACUCCAUCGUGGCCUCCUACAUGCUCUCUGUCAUGGCUGUGGCUGAGAUCUUUGGCCGCCUGUCCAUCGGGGUGGUGCUGAACCGGGUCCGCUGCAGGAAGACCCUGGUGCUGCUGGGCUGUGUGGUUCUGCUGUGCCUGGUUCUGGUGGCCUUCACCAUCGUGUGGGACCUGUGGGGUCUGGUGGUCUGCUGUGCCCUGUACGGCUUCUUCAUGGGCACUGUGGCCUCCACUCACAUCCCCCUGCUGGCCGAGGAGGACGUGGUGGGCAUUGAGAAGAUGUCCUCCUGUGUGGGAGUCUACGUCUUCAUCCAGAGCUUCGCUGGACUGGCUGGUCCACCUCUAGGAGGUGUGUUGGUGGACCUAACUCAGAACUACGGUUCUGCUUUCUACUCCUGUGCCGUGGGGAUGGGCCUCAGUGCCAUCUGCCUUGCUCUGGUGGGUCCGGCUAAGUCCGGUCUGUGCCAAAGACCAGGCAGAAGCAACGGCGCUGAAGAACAGGACAGAAGAUCUCAGGACGGCGACCAGCCGGACUUUUUGGAGGUGGACUUGGUUCUGGAGGGCAGUCCGGCCCAACAGACCCAGGAUGAGGACCAGACCUCCAUCAUAUGAACCCCAGCAGGACUCAAAGGACAAGAACAUCCACAGUCAGGAGGUCCAGAUGUCCAGAACACCAGCUUGAUCCAGAUCUCAGGGGUCCCUGUUCACUUAUCCGAGCUUAGAAGGAACCAAAGAGGUCAUGUUGUAUAGAGUAGAACUCAUUAAUAUGAUGGAACCAAAGUCCUGACAGCAGAUUCUAAACUCCGAUCACCAGCUUCAGUUCCUGUCUCCUUCAAAAUAAAAUGCCUCACUGGUAGAACUAGCAUUAACAGAACAGAGACUAGAACCCUGUAGUCUUUAACUAACGUCAUGACAGACUAGAACCCUGUAGUCUUUAACUAGCAUCAACAGAACAGAGACCAGAACCCUGUAGUCUUUAACUAGCAUCAACGGAACAGUGACUGGAACCCUGUAGUCUUUAACUAGCAUCAACAGAACAGAGACUAGAACCCUGUAGUUUUUAACUAACAUCAGCAGACCAGAGUAGAAACCCGUAGUCUUUAACUAGCAUCAACAAGACAGACUAGAACCCUGUAAUGUUCAUGUUCCAGGUCUGAACCAGGCGUUAGUGAAGGAAACAUCCAGUAGAAAUUUCAGAUAUUAAACACUUAAAAGCAUCUAGCAGCUGUUAGUUUAGUUCUAGUUCAUCAGAACGUGAUUUAACCAUCCAUCCAUCCAUCCAUUAUCUAUACACCGCUUAAUCCUCACUAGGGUCGCGGGGGGGGCUGGAGCCUAUCCCAGCUGACUCGGGCGAAGGCAGGGGACACCCUAGACAGGUCGCCAGUCUGUCGCAGGGCCACAUACAAAGACAAACAAGCACUCACAUCACACCUACGGGCAAUUUAGAAUAAUCAAUCAACCUCAGCAUAUUUUUGGACUGUGGGAGGAAGCCGGAGUACCCGGAGAGAACCCACGCAUGCACAGGGAGAACAUGCAAACUCCACGCAGAAAGAUCCCGGGAAAGCCGGGACGCGAACCAGGGACCUUCUUGCUGCAAGGCGAAAGUGCUAACCACUACGCCACUGUGCAGCCCCGUGAUUUAACCAGAACCUGUUAAACUAAAAACUAAACAUCCAUGAAAAAGUCCUGAAUCCUGUUUGACCUGAAAAUAAAGUUCAUUCUGUUCUUAAAAUUAAGAAGAGGAACCAGCAGGAGUUCAGAAUGAUAGAACCGUUUGAACGUUCCUGUUAGCGUGUUCAUGGUUAGCAUGUUCAUGCACGUUCAGUUCUUAGAUAAAUGUCUGGACAGUGAAACUCCUCACGGCUUCAACACGUCACUGAAAAAGUCACAGUUUACCUGAAAGCAUCGAAGCAUGAAGGAUGGAGUUUACUGCUGCUACAGCUGGACCUCCUGAUGUUCUGUCAAGAACAUCUAGGUAGAUGCUCUUGAUAGAACAUCUACCUAGAUGUUCUAACAAGGUGCUACCUGAGCAGCUCCCUGAUCCUUGAUGAACUGAUCCUCGGUGAACUGAUCCUGCUUCUCGUUGUUCUUCUGUUUUCAUGUUGAUGAACUAAACAUUGACCUUCCAGAUUGAACAGAGAUGAAGAACCUGACCUGGUUCCAGAGAGAACGUCUGAAGAACCUCCACACUUGACUUGAAGUUUACAUCACAAAGCUUUGCUUCAUCACUGGAUCACUUUUAUUUAAAGUGUUUGUUUUUUUAGAACUUUUUUCAUUUGAAGUUGAGUCCAGGCAGGUUCCUGUCUGUUAACUGCUGAACCACUUUCAUGACCGUUUUUAAUAAAAUCUGCAAAAUGAU